AUAAAUUUGAAAUAUAAAAAAUAGAAAUGAAGUGAUUUUGAUGCAGUUGCAAACUUGCAAUGGACAUUGACAUUCUCUGCGGAUACAAACGGAGACACGUCCACCGCCAGCCACCACCUCGCUCCUCCACUCUCACAUACUAAAAUUUCAUCUUCUUCGUUGCUUUCUUCUGGAAACUUCCAAAUUCCCGAUCAUUCACUGGAAAAAUUACACGAUGCGGUCGGUAUUGCGAUUUAAUCAACACACAAUUUCAACGAAGGCUGGUUCUAUUGAAGGAUUGCGUUAUUCUUCAAAUAGGUUAGGUUUUGGUAUUAGGAGUAUUGCCACAACCUGUAGAGCGGUGCUUUUGCCGCGGUUCGGUGGUCCUGAUGUUCUUGAAGUACGAGAUGAUGUCCGUGUUCCUGAUCUCAAACCGAAUGAGGUACUCGUUCGAGUUCGCGCCGUUUCGGUUAAUCCUCUCGACACUAGGAUGCGAGCAGGCUAUGCAAUUGGACAAUCUGUUCAGACUCUUAAUGUUGGGCAAGAAGUUUUUGGGGCACUUCAUCCAACGGCUAUGAGAGGUACUUACACUGAUUAUGCCAUUCUUGCAGAAGAUCAACUUACCCCAAAACCAUCAACAAUCUCACACGUGGAUGCAAGUGCAAUUCCUUUCGCUGCCCUAACAGCAUGGCGUGCUCUUAAAUCUACUGCCAGGAUAAGUAAAGGACAGAGGGUAUUAGUGGUGGGUGGAGGAGGAGCUGUAGGUUACUCUGCAGUUCAGCUAGCUGUUGCAGCAGGCUGUGUGGUUUCAGCUACAUGUGAAAGUGAAAGCAUAGAUCGCCUCUUGGCAGCUGGUGCUGAACAGGCACUCGACUAUACCUCUGAGGAUCUGGAAGUAAGAUUGAAAGGAAAGUACAAUGCUGUUUUAGACACGAUUGGUAUACAACAAACGGAACAGUUAGGGAUCAAUCUUUUAAAAAGAGGGGGACAUUACAUGACACUGCAGGGGGAGUCUGCAUCAUUGAGUGAUAGAUAUGGUCUGGUUAUUGGCCUUCCUACUGCUACAUCCAUUUUGAUGAAGAAACAGAUUCAAUAUCGGUUAUCUCAUGGAAUAGAAUAUUGGUGGACUUAUAUGAGGACAGAUGCCGAAGGUCUGGAUGAGAUUCGGAGGCUGACUGAGGCUGGGAGACUGAAAGUUCCUGUGCAGAAGACAUUCCCAAUUACACAAGUGCAAGAGGCACAUCAAGCUAAAGAUACAAGGAUAAUUCCUGGUAAAGUAGUUCUUCAAGUUGACUAGUAUACUUGCAUUUCUAUGGAUUUCUUCUUUCAGUAAUCUCAUGCAAAAUAUCACA